UCCUGGCCUUUGGUGAUGAUCGUCCAUGGGUGGUCGGUGGAUGGCCUGUUGGAGAACUGGAUCUGGCAGAUGGCGGCCGCACUGAAAUCUGAGCUGGCCCAACCAGUGAACGUGGUGCUGGUGAACUGGCUCACCCUAGCUCAUAACCAUUAUACCACUGCCGUUCACAACACCCGCCUUGUGGGCCAGGAGAUAGCGGCUCUUCUCAGGUGGCUAGAGGAAGCUGUGGAGUUUUCUCGAAGCAAGGUUCACCUCAUUGGGUACAGCCUGGGUGCCCACGUCUCAGGAUUUGCAGGCAGAUACAUCGGAGGAAAGCACAAAAUUGGGAGGAUUACAGGGUUGGAUGCCGCAGGCCCUUUGUUUGAGAAAGCCUCCCCGCGAGAUCGCCUCUCUCCGGACGAUGCUGACUUCGUCGACGCCAUUCACACCUUUACGCAGGAGUACAUGGGUCUGAGAGUGGGCAUCGAACAGCCCAUCGGCCAUUAUGAUUUCUACCCCAAUGGGGGCUCCUUCCAGCCUGGCUGCCACAUCCUGGAAGUCUACAAACACAUCGCCCUGCACGGCUUAAAGGCCAUCCCACAGACCUUAAAAUGUGCCCACGAGAGGUCGGUGCACCUGUUCAUCGAUUCCUUGAGGCACAAGGACCAGCAGAGCAUAGGCUACCAGUGCACAGACAUGGACCGCUUCAACCAGGGCCUGUGUCUCAGCUGUAAGAAGGGCCAAUGUAACAGGCUGGGCUACUACAUCCGCCAGGACAGGCCCAGAAGGAGCAGGAAGCUUUUCCUCAUCACCCGAGCUCAGUCUCCCUUCAAAGUUAAUCACUACCAAUUCAAGAUCCAAUUCAUCAAUGAAAUUGGGAAACCAAUAGAACCAAGCUUGAGCAUGUCACUACUUGGAACGAAAGGAGAGAAGCAUAACAUCCGGGUCACCCUGGGCGAACGCAUCAUCAGCAACAAAACCUAUAGCUUCCUCACCACUGUGGACUUGGAUAUCGGCGAGCUGAGCGUGAUCAAAGUCAAGUGGGAAACCAGGGCAGUGUGGGCCCAUGUCUGGAACACAAUGCAAACCAUUAUUCCCUGGGGCCCAGCCUCCCACAACCUGGGCCUCAUUCUGAAGACCAUCCGAGCCAAGGACGGGGACACCCAACGAAGAAUGACAUUUUGCUCAGAAAAUACCAGUGAUCUACAGCUCCACCCAAACCAGGAGAAAGUCUUCAUGAAAUGUGAAGUAAAAUCGAAAAAAUUGAAGCGAAAGAGCAGAAGACCUUAGGGAGACCCUCUACAAAGAAUAAAUGAAUCUUUCCAGGCGCUCAGUGGCUCACUGUAAUCCUAGCUACUCAGGAGGUUGAAAUCUGAGGAUC